AUGAAACUUGACGUCAAGGACCUUAUUGCUGCACCAUGGACUCCCAUGAACGCGGAUCAGUCUGUUAACUACGGAGCUAUUACAGACUAUGGAAAGGUCCUGCUCAAGCAGGGCGUGAAAAAUGUUUACAUCAACGGAACAACUGGAGAAGGAAUGAGCUUGAGUGUCGAAGAAAGACAAAAAUGCGCCGAAGAAUGGAUGAAAACUGGAAUGGAUGUUGUCAUGACUCAUGUCGGCGCAAAUUCUAUUGCUGAUGUCAAAGCACUAGCUUCGCAUUCUGAAAAAAUUGGCUGUCACGCAAUCGCCUCCCUCCCGCCAAUCUUCUACAAGCCCGAAAAUCUCGACGGCCUUGUUGGGUACUUCGCCGAGAUCUCGAGCGCUGCUCCUAACACCCCGCUAUUGUAUUACCAUUUUGUGGCCAAGAGUGGCAUCAAUUUCGACGUCAUCGAGCUCCUCGAAAAAAUGAAGAAACGUGUGCCAACUUUCGCGGGAAUCAAAUUCACCGACAAUAACCUUGGUCAAGUUGCCCUUGCCAUCGAUAAAUUCGGAGAAGAAAUGGUCGUAGGAAUGGGUCUUUUUAUUGUUGUUCAUCUUUUAUCUGUUUAUGGUUACGGAAAAGAUGAGCAAUUAUCAGCCGCGUACAUGUUUGGUGUUAAACACUCCGUCGGAAGUACCUACAGUUAUUCAGGAAUCAUGUGGAAUUCCGUCAUCAAUGCUGCCCGGAGAGGAGAUCUUGCUCAUGCAAACAAAUGCCAGCGGAUGCAGAACAAAAUGCUCCAUACAAUUUUCUCCAAGGGAUUCAACGAUGGAGUGCACAAACGAUUGCUCAAGUACAUUUGGGGAUUCGAUCUUGGGCCAGUCAGAUGCCCGAUUUCAGAACCAUCUGACGAGCACUGGAGAGAAAUCGAAAAACGGCUUGAUGCGAUGAAUUAUCGAGACUUUGCGCAAGGAAAAUUCUAG